AUGGCACCAACAACGAUCGCUGAGCAGCAAAAGCUGGUGAAAGCUAUCUGCAACAAAUUCAUCUCCCACCCAGUCACACCCUGGAAACCAAUUUCCCAGCAUCAGAAAGAUAAAUCUCGCGACCCACCCGCAAGAGGUCCUAUCUGGAUCAGCAGAACUUCCUUCCCAGCACCACCAGAGGAGGAGAACGAUUUAUGUGAGGCCUUAUUUCGAGUCUGCCAACAACUCAAGCAACCCCACCAGACCGUCGCAGCACAAUCUGAAGCUCCAUUGCGUGAGAUCGGCCUCAAAUUUAUCGGCAAUCGCAUUGGAGUCGCGUCAAACGCGCCUGAACCAGACAUAACAGAAUUGGAGACGCUACAAGCUUUGGAAAGUGAAUGUGAGGCAGACUUCACCAUUUUGUACUUUCACGGAGGAUUUUAUUUCAGCAGCCCGCCACAAUACCGUGUCUCAACAUGUCGCCUUGUGCGGAAGACCAAAGCUCGAGUCGCUGCUAUUCGCUAUCGAUUGUCACCCCAAAAUAUCUUCCCCGGGCGCCCUUCUUGAUGCGUUGGUCGCAUAUGCAAGUCUCAUAUACCCUCCACCAGGAUCAUCACAUACUGCGGUUCCCGCAAACAAGAUCGUGCUCGGUGGUGAUAGUGCAGGUGGAAGUCUUUGCUUCAGUUUGGUCAAAGUUCUUCUUGAGCUCAACAAGCAAGCCUUGAAGCCGCUACUCUUCCAUGGCAACCAGGUUUCUCUCCCUGUUCCAGCUGGACUCGCAGUAUGUAGCGCAUGGGCUGAUACGUGCGAUAUUAUGCCCUCAUGGCACAAGCCAGACGUCUUAGAUAUUUAUGGCAGUGUCAACCCCGCUCUUGUCCCUGGUUUCCCGACCGACAAUAUCUGGCCUUCCACACCACCACGAGAACACCUAUACUGUGCGGCCUCAACACUAGAUCACGAAUUGGUCACACCGGCAGCAGUGAAGGAUUGGACUGGAGCGCCACCAAUGCGGUUCACAUGCGGCGCGUUCGAACGGAACAUUGAUGGAAACAAAGCAGUCGCGGCCCAAGCAGCAAAGUGUGGCGUAACUGUUCAAUGGAAUGAAUAUGAGGGCAUGUUUCAUGAGUUUAUGGUCAUUGCUAGCAGCUUUCCACAAACAAAACACUGUGAGUAUCCACUUUCUUCUACCAACUUGCUUUCCAUCUCUUCAAUACACGCAGAGAUUCAUGCUGACCCCAAGAUAUUGUAGGUUACGAUAAUUGGGCCAAGGCCUGCGCAGAUCUGGCUGAUGGAAAAAUGGAAGUGCCGCACGCUAUUAGUUUCAAAAUUCCUAAUUUUAAAGAAUCUGACAAUCUUGGGAGGGUUACUGAUCUGUCACCUCUUCCUUUCGAUGAAAUGAGAAGACGAAUGCUUGUUGGAAACCCUGAGCGAGAAGUUUUAACUGGAAGAAAACCUUUGAAGAGACAUAGCAAGCUUUAGACUGUUGGAAGAAUUGAAAAAUGGAGAGUUUAGAUAUGCUGGAAGAUCAUAUCAUGCUCAGAGUAAAGAAUUGGC